GGAGCUGGCGCCGGAAGUGCGUGGCCGCUAGGGGCCAUGGCGGCGCUCGGCGUCGUUUACGUGCUGCUCUGGGCAAUUAACUGGCCGCCGGUUUCGGCCUCCAGAGAGGAAUUUUGGCCUGGCCAGUCGGCGGCCGACAUCCUGUCGGGAGCAGCGUCCCGCAGACGGUAUCUUCUGUAUGAUGUCAACCCCCCGGAAGGCUUCAACCUCCGCAGGGAUGUCUACAUUCGCAUCGCCUCCCUUCUGAAGACUCUUCUAAAGACAGAGGAGUGGGUGCUUGUCCUACCCCCAUGGGGGCGCCUGUAUCACUGGCAGAGUCCUGACAUCCAUCAGGUCCGGAUUCCCUGGUCCGAGUUUUUUGAUCUUCCAAGUCUCAAUCAAAACAUCCCUGUCAUUGAAUAUGAGCAGUUCAUUGCAGAGUCUGGAGGGCCCUUCAUUGACCAGGUCUACGUCCUGCAGAGUUAUGCUGAGGGGUGGAAGGAGGGGACCUGGGAGGAGAAGGUGGAUGCUCGGCCAUGCAUCGAUCAGCUCCUGUACUCGCAAGACAAGCAUGAGUAUUACAGAGGAUGGUUUUGGGGUUAUGAGGAAACCAGGGGGUUAAACGUUUCCUGUCUGUCUGUCCAAGGAUCGGCUUCUGUCAUUGCACCUGUACUUCUGAAAAACACUUCUGCUCGGUCUGUGAUGUUAGACAGAGCUGAAAACCUACUGCAUGACCACUACGGAGGAAAAGAGUACUGGGACAGCCGGCGGAGCAUGGUGUUUGCCAGGCACCUACGGGCGGUGGGAGAUGAGUUCAGGAGCAGGUACCUGAACUCCACAGACCACGCGGACAAGAUCCCCUUUGAGGAGGACUGGACAAAGAUGAAGGUCAAGCUGGGCUCUUCACUCGGGGGGCCCUACCUUGGUGUCCACCUGAGAAGGAAAGAUUUUAUCUGGGGCCACAGAGAGGAUGUGCCCAGCCUGGAGGGGGCCGUGAGGAAGAUCCGCAGCCUGAUGAAGACUCACCAGCUGGACACAGUGUUUGUGGCCACAGAUGCCAUCAGAAAGGAAUACGAAGAGCUAAAAAAACUGUUACCAGAAAUGGUGAGGUUUGAACCCACUUGGGAAGAACUAGAACUCUACAAAGAUGGCGGCGUAGCAAUUAUUGACCAGUGGAUCUGCUCACACGCCAGGUUUUUUAUUGGCACCUCAGUCUCAACAUUUUCUUUUCGGAUUCAUGAGGAGAGAGAAAUCUUAGGGUUUGACCCCAAGACAACGUACAACAGAUUUUGUGGAGACCAGGAGAAAGCAUGUGAGCAGCCUACGCAUUGGAAGAUUGCGUACUGAGUUGGCAUCUGCAGACACUGGACACGUCGUGAACACAGGUGUGGGCAUAGGUCUGCUCUGUUCCCCAGUCAAGGAUUAGGUGGACUGUCCUUCAUAGGCUGCAGGACCAGAGAAGGCUACGCUUGCAGGUGGCACAUCUAGGGCUAUGCCCGUUCUCGGGUCUCCCUCGGCCUCGUCUGCAUGUGAAGCUCCUCCACCUGCAGGGCUGUGGCUGUAUUUGCAGUCAUGGUCUGUGACACGCAUCUCAGCUGCACAUGAGGCCUGUGGGGUGAUCCAGAAACCCAGGACAUGUUGUCAGAGCCUGUCUUGGGGCCUUUCUGACACCUUUGGUUUCCUGCGUGUUUUAAGUGAGCAGAUGCUGGUGGGUGAGUGCCCCAUCUCAGGUGGACUUGGAGUUGACGUUUCUUUGGAACCGGUGUUUUCCUAAGCCUGUUGACUAAUUGCACAUGUCUAUAGGGGCCACUGGAGAAGGCUCUUCCACCUUGACCCUGCCCUUCUGCCUGCUGGGAGACCGUGAGGGAGCUUGUUUCCUCAUGGGGUGGACAGCGGAUGAAGCUUCCACCUCACCUUGUGCUGGACCCUGAGGUGAUGCCUCUGAGGGUCCUCCUCGCCACAUCAGAGUCCAGAAACUUCCCUGCUGGAGUCUCCAGGGGAAACCUGGGGUUGUCUAUGGGACACUUGGCUCAGUUCUAACACCAGAGCCUGGCUGACUGCUCUGCACUCACCUGCAGUGGGUAGGCACGUGUGUGUCCUCUGGAUCUAUCACUCACCAUUGAUUGAGAAAUGGACAUGAGAAGUGAUGGUCACAUUAGCUUUAAAAGGCUGCAUCUAAGAUAAACUGCUCUGUCAGGUGGCUUUUUGUACCCAUUUUUACAAAAACCUUUUUCUAGGUCUUCAUGCUACCACCACAAGGGCACCUGCCAGGCGGGAGCAGUGCUGGCUCGGGGCCCCUCCCACCCCUGGGCCCCUUCCUCAGCGUGAACUCCCACAACAGUGUCUUGUGACACUGAGCAGCCACUUUCUGCAUCUGCUGGGGGUGCAGGGACACAGAUGCUCAUGACGGUUAGAAGAUGGUCAGUGAGCAGGGAUGGAGCCUUCCCACUCUGAGCCUGGCUAGUCUAGGACACUGCCUUCUGUGUCUUCUCCCAUGAUUUAAAACUGACUCUGAAAGUGCAUUUGGGUCCUAUGGUAUUACCUGAAGCUGUGCAGGGUAUAUGAUGACAUAUUUAUUCUUUUUCCAUUUGUACAUUCAA